AACGAUUGUUGUUUUUCCCUAAACAGAUGACAAGUAGUUAAUGCAAAAAUACCCGGAGUUAUUCCUGUCAUAAAUUCAAACCCAAACAAUUAUACAUUUAGACGCAUCAAAGGCAAAACUAUGGACGAAUUUUCGAGACAGCAUAUGGAUGACUGCUUUCUGCGGACGCCCAGCGAUGUCCGUACCACCAAUGUGCCGGCUCCAGCCAAAUCAGCAACGGACAAUAAAUCACGUAAAACGGAACUUCAUGUCCUCCGACUGAACGAGGCAUCCCAGCAAAUGACCAUGGACACAUUGCGCUCCAUCCACGGAUCGGAAUUUAAGCUGGAAGACAUCAGUAAAUAUAAGGAUCGGGGGAGAGGCGGUGGUGGCGUAAAGCAUGCCUAUUGGAAUGAUCGUGGAACUUUAAUGGUUCAAAGUGUACAAGGUGUCAGCUCUAAGUCAGGAACUGGUGGAGCCGCUGACUCCGAUAGUGAUCGUUUGCGCCGAUAUGCCUUGCUGAAGCUAGAAAAUUAUGGUUUCCAUACCGCACACUGCCUGGAAGCAUAUGAACAUUGCUCCCAUGAUACUGAGGCUGCGUUAUUACUGCUCUAUAGACGUUAUAUGCGUGUCCCCGAACAAGAUGAAUUGGCCCUGGAGGCACCUAGCGAGCCAGAGCUGCUGCAAAUGCGCGAAGAUGAGAAGGAAGCUCUAGAAUCCAUUUACGAUAAAGCCUAUGAAGAACGAGAGCGAAAUAGCGUAUGGAAUCUAAAGUUUAAAAUCGAUCAUCUGCUCUCACACAGUCCCUCCGAGGUGCGAAAGGCUAGGGAGGCGGCAGCUGCGGCGGCUGCAGCAGCUCAGGCCUUAGCUCUGGAGAAGAAAAAGAAGGCACCUCUACGUUGUCGCAACUUCGAUAGGGAUGGAACGUGUAAAUUUGGCAGUAAGUGUCGAUAUGCCCAUGUGCCGCCUGCUCAGCCCGACACGCCAAAAAAGGCCUCUGGUGAUAGUUUAGAUGAGAAUGACAAUGAGCUGUGGUUCCAUGUGGAGGUGCGAUUUCCACCUGGCAGCCGUUACCCCUAUGAGGCCCCAUUUGUAUACCUGAAAACCACUUGUCAUGAUAUUCCACAUGAGCUGAGACUACGUUAUGCCCGCCAUCUUUACAAGGAGGCUAGAGAGAUUUGCCGAGAUGGCAUCCCCUGUGUGUUCAGUAUCUGUGAUCUCCUGCAAAACAAUGAAGAGCUGUCUGGUAGUUUGGAUACCACACGAUUCCCCUCGCCCAAGCGUUCUUUGUUCUAUGAUGAGCCCGAAGGUGGUCAAGCUAACGAUGAUGCCAAUGGAGAAGGCCUUCAAAAGGCAAAACCUACGCAUUAUGCGCGAGGUCAAACGGCACGCAACAUUGAUGGCUCCGGAUCAAGAAAUGUAGAGGCUUUGAAACGUGAAAAUCGACGGCUCCUGCAGCAGUUCACUGAGCGACGACGAGAUGAGCGUUACCAGAAAGUAAUUGAUGGACGUAAACAGCUUCCCGCCUUUGCCGAAAUGGAGAGAAUUCUAGCUCUAAUUGAACGGUCACCGGUGGUGGUGAUAUCGGGUGAAACGGGUUGCGGCAAAAGUACACAGGUGCCACAGUUUAUUCUGGACAAUUGGUUCUUUCAAUCCCUUCAACGUUCCGAUGACAAGAACAAAGAUAUGCCUCAUGUCGAGAUCAUUUGCACGCAGCCUCGUCGACUUUCGGCCAUUGGUGUGGCUGAACGAGUGGCUGCCGAGCGUCUGGAUCGGAUUGGACAACUGGUUGGCUAUCAGAUACGACUCGAGAACAAGGUAUCGUCCAGCACCCGCUUGAGUUUCUGUACAACAGGAAUCUUGUUGCGUCGCCUGGCCUCUGAUCCAUUGCUGGGCACUGUUACCCAUGUCAUUGUGGAUGAGGUCCAUGAACGAUCCGAAGAAUCUGAUUUCUUGUUGCUGAUACUCAAGCAUAUACUAAGAGAACGCAAGGAUCUAAAGGUGAUCCUUAUGUCGGCUACCCUAAAUGCCUCUCUUUUCUCUGACUAUUUCGGUGGUGCACCAGUUUUGGACAUACCCGGACGAACGUUUCCUGUUCAGCAACUAUUUCUCGAAGAUAUACUCGAGGUCAGUAAUUUUGUAAUGGAAACUGAUACGAAAUUCUGUCGCAAGUUGAAAAAAUCGGAGCAGGAGGACUUAAUGCGUGAACUGGAAUAUGCCGAUGUCCAGGCAACGGGUCAGCCUCCCGGCAAAAAAAUCAAAGACGAGAAACUAACCCUCGCUGAAACCUAUAAUCGAUAUGCCGAUUUCAGCAAAACAACGUGCAAAAGCAUUUACCUUAUGGAACCCAUGAUGAUCAAUCCAGAACUGAUUGAAUCGGUUUUGACCUACAUUGUGGAGGGCUCACAUGAGUGGCCACGUGAGGGUACAAUACUUAUAUUCCUUCCAGGCUUCCAAGAGAUACAAACUGUACACGAUUCACUCUUGGAUCAUUCGCUCUUCUCACCAAGGGCUGGCAAAUUUGUAUUAGUACCAUUGCAUUCAUCGCUCUCUGGUGAUGAUCAGGCUUUGGUCUUUAAGCGGGCUCCUCAGGGAAAGCGUAAAAUUGUGCUUAGCACGAAUAUAGCUGAAACCUCAGUGACAAUUGACGAUUGUGUCUUUGUUAUCGACUGCGGCCUGAUGAAGGAGAAAUGCUUCGACUCGAAUCGGAAUAUGGAAUCUCUUGAUCUUGUCUGGGUGUCGCGGGCGAAUGCUAAACAACGAAAAGGUCGUGCUGGUCGUGUUAUGCCCGGCAUUUGUAUUCAUUUGUAUACGAGUCAUCGGUUUCAUCAGCAUUUCUUGGGCCAACCAGUGCCAGAGAUUCAGCGUGUUCCGCUCGAGCAGAUUGUGCUGCGAAUUAAAACUCUCCAAAUGUUUGCCAGACUAAACACACUCUCCGUUCUGCUAGAGACCCUAGAGGCCCCCAGCGAGGACAGCGUUAUGGGUGCCUUGAGUCGUCUGCGCAAUGUUGGCGCUCUUGAUGCUGAAGAUCAAUUGACGCCUUUGGGUCAUCAUCUGGCUGCUUUGCCGGUGGAUGUGCGCAUUGGCAAACUGAUGUUAUAUGGUGCUAUCUUCCAGUGCCUAGACAGCGUUCUGACAAUUGCCGCUUGCUUGAGCAAUAAAUCACCAUUUGUGAGUCCGCUCAAUAAGCGAACAGAGGCAGACAAAGCCAAGCGUUUGUUCGCCUUGGGCAACAGUGAUCAUCUAACCGUAUUGCAGGCCUAUCGGAAAUGGCUUGAUGUUGCCAAACGUGGCAAUUAUACAGCCAGCAGAAAUUAUGCCAACGAACAUUUCCUCUCGCUCAACACAUUGGAAACAAUAGCCGAUCUUAAAUAUCAGUAUCUAGAGCUAUUGGUUUCCAUUGGAUUUGUGCCCAUCAAUGUGCCACGUAGACGCAAAAAUGACAAUGAUAAUAUACUCCAACUGACAGGAAUGGAACAGAAUCAUAAUGGUGACAAUAAUCGCUUGCUUACCUCCCUCCUCUGUGCGGCCCUCUAUCCGAAUAUUGUGAAAAUUAUGACUCCGGAACGUGUCUAUAUACAAACUGCUGGCGGUGCUGUACCCCGUGAACCCAGUCAUUUGGAUUUGCGUUUCAAGACACAUGGAGAUGGUUAUGUGAAAAUUCAUCCAUCAUCAGUUAACUCACAGGUGGCUGUAUUUCAGUCACCAUUUUUGGUUUAUCAGGAGAAAGUGCGUACGACUUCCAUAUAUAUACGGGAUUGCUCAAUGCUGCCACUCGUUGCUCUUGUCCUAUUCGCUGGCAGCGAUUUUAAGGUGGAACUCCACGAUGGCGAUUUUCUAUUUCUCCUUGAGGGCGGUUGGAUUAUACUGAAGGCCCAUGAUUAUGAGACGGCCGAAAUGGUGCAGUGUCUGCGUAGAGAACUCAUUAAAUUGCUAGAGGAAAAAAUCAGGGAUCCAUGCCUCAAUUUGAUGCAUCAUAAAAAUGGCUGCCGCAUUAUAAACAACAUUGUUCAAUUGAUUAGUAACAAUUGAUGACCAAAUUUUUAGCCGUUUGUAUACAAAUUGAUUGUGUGUAUUUUUUAUUAUAGAUAUUCUAGCCGAUUUACAAGAAUUGUAUAUAGCCAAUUGAUAAUUAAAUUAAUUUCGAAAGCAA